AUGGCUAGCUGCAAGGCAGGCUUCGUGUCUAUAUUAAACAAUGAUGACAACCCGUCAUUCACAGUGCGAUCAAGCCCCCGUUUAUGCAGACACCACUCUACUUCAUCAUACCCGUAUCCCUCAGAGCCACGACGAGAGGCAUCAAACUCAUACUAUCGCUAUGGGUAUGCCCAUUCAGACUCCUUCCCAGUGAACCGGCAACAGUUCGAUUCCGUGUCGGACGCCGCGCAGCCCACGUCCCCUGGAUCGUCGGACUGCUCUUACGACUACAUGAGCGCCGGAUCCAGUUAUUACUAUCAGCCUAAUCGUCAGGAACCCCAUAGUUACCAAGCGCCGACAACGGGAACCGCGAUGACAACUGCUGAGAAAAGGCUCAGCGCUAACAGCGUGUCUGACCCUCCCUCCCCACCAGCAUCCAUCAGUGGAUCCAGAGAUGCAAUGGCAACCAAGGUAAACCGAAAGAACAAAUACCCAUGCCCGUUUGCUGCUAGUCACAACUGUUCCGCUACCUUCACCACCUCGGGACAUGCGGCGCGCCAUGGAAAGAAGCACACUGGCGAAAAAAGCGUACACUGUCCGAUUUGCAACAAGGCUUUCACCCGAAAGGAUAAUAUGAAGCAGCAUAUUCGAACUCAUCGGACACACUCUGAAGACCGGCCAACGGGUGUGACGGAGAAGGACACUGAUGCAAGUAACCGGUGGCGCGUAAGGAGGGACAGCCCCUUGUACAACCACCACCGAUCCUCGAGCCAGUCCCAAAUGGAUGGGAAUGCCUACGACAGCAUGAGAACUAUGAGAUGA